AUGCACGGUUUAUCGUCCAUCUUGCUGUUGCUGCUGACGAUGCUAGUGGUACAGCUCUGCUCCGUUCCCGUAACGGUCAGGUACGAAAGGGUCGAACAGUUCAAAGGAUACGAAAUCGCCGACUAUAGAAAUAUCCGUAUAAGAAAGUACAACCGCACCGUGACAGUUCUAGACGGAACAUUUGAUAUACAUGAAGAAAUGAAUGACAAUUAUUCCUUCACGGUUCGGGUGGCGUACAGUUCGCUAGGGAAUAAUCAGUUCAUAACUACACCCUUUCGAUUCCCGUUGCAAGACGUUUGCCAGUUCUUUCGCACCACCUAUCGCGACUAUCGGGAGUUGUACAGAAACACGUCAAACUUUCCGGACGUUGGUGCGUGCCCUAUCGAGGCGAAGCAAUAUUACAUCAAAAAUCAUGUGCUGGGUGCAAACGAAUUCAAAGAUUUUCGGGCAGGUUUGUAUAAGCUUACAUUACUUCUGUACGGCAAAAGCAAUUUACAAUUGCCCAUCGUUAUGGUAGAGAUGCUGGUACAGGUGUCCCGCGAAGGGUUAUUUUAA